AUGGACAGCCGUGGAGAGCCGAUUCGGGCCAUCUUCGUAACAAUUCUGAUCUGUUGGAUGGGAAUUCUUAUCGCCGUCAUCGAAAACAUCACCGCACUAAUCACCCAAUUCUUCCUGAUGUGCUAUUUGGGCGUGAACACCGCAUGCGCUUUGCAGUCUCUGCUCAAAUCACCCGGUUGGAGACCUUCAUUCCGGUAUUUCCAUUGGUGA